GAAGAUGCGGGGCUCGGGGCCCCGGGGUGCGGGACGCCGGCGGCCCCCGGGCGGCGGCGGCGACCUACCCAGCACCCCCGCGUCUCUGGCCGGCUGCUACUCCGCACCUCGCAGGGCCCCCCUCUGGACUUGCCUUCUCCUGUGCGCCGCGCUCCGGACCCUCCUGGCCAGCCCCAGCAACGAAGUGAAUUUGUUGGAUUCACGGACUGUCAUGGGGGACUUGGGAUGGAUUGCUUUUCCAAAAAAUGGGUGGGAAGAGAUUGGUGAAGUUGAUGAAAAUUAUGCCCCUAUCCACACAUACCAAGUAUGCAAAGUUAUGGAACAGAAUCAAAAUAACUGGCUUUUGACCAGUUGGAUCUCCAACGAAGGUGCUUCCAGAAUCUUCAUAGAACUCAAGUUUACUCUGCGGGACUGCAACAGUCUUCCUGGAGGGCUGGGGACCUGUAAGGAAACUUUUAACAUGUAUUACUUUGAGUCAGAUGAGAAUGGGAGAAACAUCAAGGAAAACCAGUACAUCAAAAUUGAUACCAUUGCUGCCGAUGAAAGCUUUACAGAACUUGAUCUUGGUGACCGUGUCAUGAAACUGAAUACAGAGGUCAGAGAUGUAGGACCUCUAAGCAAAAAGGGAUUUUAUCUCGCUUUUCAAGAUGUGGGUGCUUGCAUUGCUCUCGUUUCCGUUCGUGUAUACUAUAAAAAAUGCCCUUCUGUGGUACAACACUUGGCUGUCUUCCCUGACACAAUCACUGGAGCUGAUUCUUCACAGUUGCUUGAAGUGUCGGGCUCCUGUGUCAACCAUUCUGUGACAGAUGAACCACCCAAAAUGCACUGCAGCGCUGAAGGGGAGUGGCUCGUGCCCAUCGGGAAAUGCAUGUGCAAGGCAGGAUAUGAAGAGAAAAACGGCACCUGUCAAGUGUGCAGACCUGGGUUCUUCAAAGCCUCACCUCACAGCCAGAGCUGCAGCAAAUGUCCACCUCACAGUUAUACCCAUGAGGAAGCUUCAACCUCUUGUGUCUGUGAAAAGGAUUAUUUCAGGAGGGAGUCUGAUCCACCCACAAUGGCAUGCACAAGACCCCCCUCAGCUCCUCGGAAUGCCAUCUCAAAUGUUAAUGAAACUAGUGUCUUUCUGGAAUGGAUUCCUCCUGCUGACACUGGUGGAAGGACAGAUGUGUCAUAUUAUAUUGCAUGCAAGAAGUGCAACUCACAUGCAGGUGUGUGUGACGAGUGUGGCGGUCAUGUCAGGUACCUCCCCCAGCAAAUCGGCCUGAAAAACACCUCUGUCAUGAUGGUGGAUCUGCUUGCUCACACAAACUAUACCUUUGAGAUUGAGGCAGUGAAUGGAGUGUCCGACUUGAGCCCAGGAGCCCGGCAGUAUGUGUCUGUAAAUGUAACCACAAAUCAAGCAGCCCCCUCUCCAGUCACCAAUGUGAAAAAGGGGAAAAUUGCAAAAAACAGCAUCUCUUUGUCUUGGCAAGAGCCAGAUCGCCCCAAUGGAAUCAUCCUGGAGUAUGAAAUCAAAUAUUUUGAAAAGGACCAAGAGACCAGCUAUACAAUUAUCAAAUCUAAAGAGACAACUAUAACUGCAGAGGGCUUGAAACCAGCUUCAGUAUAUGUCUUCCAAAUUCGAGCACGCACAGCAGCAGGCUAUGGUGUCUUCAGUCGAAGAUUUGAGUUUGAAACCGUCCCAGUGUCAGUUGCAGCAUCCAGCGAUCAAAGCCAGAUUCCUAUAAUUGCUGUGUCUGUGACAGUGGGAGUCAUUUUGUUGGCAGUGGUUAUCGGCUUCCUCCUCAGUGGAAGUUGCUGCGAUUGUGGCUGUGGAAGGGCUUCUUCCCUGUGCGCUGUUGCCCAUCCAAGCCUAAUAUGGCGGUGUGGUUACAGCAAAGCAAAACAAGAUCCAGAAGAGGAAAAGAUGCAUUUUCAUAAUGGGCACAUUAAACUGCCAGGAGUAAGAACUUAUAUUGAUCCACACACCUAUGAGGAUCCCAAUCAAGCUGUCCAUGAAUUCGCCAAGGAGAUAGAAGCUUCAUGCAUCACCAUUGAAAGAGUUAUUGGAGCGGGUGAAUUUGGUGAAGUUUGUAGUGGACGUUUGAAACUUCCAGGAAAAAGAGAAUUACCUGUGGCAAUUAAAACCCUUAAAGUAGGCUAUACUGAAAAGCAACGCAGAGAUUUCCUGGGUGAAGCAAGUAUCAUGGGGCAGUUUGACCAUCCUAACAUCAUUCACUUAGAAGGUGUUGUGACCAAAAGUAAACCAGUGAUGAUAGUGACAGAGUAUAUGGAAAAUGGCUCUUUAGAUACAUUUUUAAAGAAAAAUGACGGGCAGUUCACUGUGAUCCAGCUGGUUGGUAUGCUGAGAGGCAUUGCUGCAGGAAUGAAGUACCUUUCUGACAUGGGCUAUGUGCAUAGAGACCUUGCUGCCAGAAACAUCUUAAUCAAUAGUAACCUUGUGUGCAAAGUGUCUGACUUUGGGCUUUCCAGGAUACUGGAAGAUGAUCCUGAGGCAGCCUACACCACUAGGGGAGGCAAAAUUCCAAUCAGAUGGACUGCCCCAGAAGCUAUAGCUUUCCGAAAGUUUACCUCUGCCAGUGAUGUCUGGAGCUAUGGGAUCGUGAUGUGGGAGGUUGUGUCUUAUGGAGAGAGACCCUACUGGGAGAUGACCAACCAAGAUGUGAUUAAAGCUGUAGAGGAAGGCUACCGUCUGCCAAGCCCCAUGGACUGUCCUGCUGCUCUCUACCAAUUAAUGCUGGAUUGCUGGCAGAAAGACCGAAAUAGCAGGCCCAAGUUUGAUGAAAUCGUCAAUAUGUUGGACAAGCUGAUCCGUAACCCAAGUAGCUUGAAGACGCUGGUUAAUGCAUCGAGCAGAGUACCUAAUUUGUUGGCAGAACAUGGCUCACUGGGGUCUGGGGCCUACAGAUCAGUAGGUGAAUGGCUAGAAGCAAUCAAAAUGGGCCGAUAUACAGAGAUUUUCAUGGAAAAUGGAUACAGUUCAAUGGACGCUGUGGCUCAGGUGACCUUGGAGGAUUUGAGACGGCUUGGAGUGACUCUUGUUGGUCACCAGAAGAAGAUUAUGAACAGCCUUCAAGAAAUGAAGGUGCAGCUGGUCAACGGGAUGGUGCCAUUGUAACUUCAGUUAAUUGUCACUUCGUCAAGUGAAUGAUUCUGCACUUUGUAAACAAGCCCUGAGAUUUAUUUUAAC